GUAAUUUUUUGGUAAGCAGCAGUGUUGACUCUACACAUUACAUGCUAUCAAUUCGGUAUAUUUUGUUAACUGGCUGCGUCCACAUUUUACCUGCUGUCCAUAACGAAUAUAUGAUUGGGUCACGUGAAUUUUUAAAUUUAGUUAUUGGUUCUUAUCCUUCAAUGCAUGCCUAAAUACCUGCGAUCCAACCAUUAGUCUUCUUGGCAUGCAUACUAGUGUGAAUUCUAGCCUGAAUAAUAACGCAAUUUGCGGCUCCUACCAAACGCUCAAAAUUUAACAAUUAUCUUCCGUAUAUCCUAUUUUAGUAAAAUAUUUGGUAAAUUAAAGAAACCACUAAACGUAAAAGUGAAUAGAUAGGUACUGUUUGAGAAACAUAUUAAAUUAAGCUUUUUUCUGAUGUUUCCUACAAAUGUUCUGGCUGGUGAAAAUACGCGGUUAAUUCUUAAAGUUUUUUUUUUUUUUUUAAUUUGUUGUACAUAUUUUGAAAUGGGCGAUAAGUAAUAUUGUUUUCUCAUUGUUUCUGUCGUGUUUUUAAUUUAUAUUUUUUAUAGCUGUACAUAUGUGUUCAUGCUUACUUUUAGUCACAACAAUAGACUCGUAGUUGAAAUUUGUCGCUACUUGAGAUUUUCUCCGAGGGAAAUAUUCCAUCUGUACGUUGGCAGUAGUGCAACGAGUUUGCGCUGCCAGCAGCGCGUGACGGGAACGGAGUGUAUAAUCCAGUGCUUUGUAGCUCACAGUGUGCAACUACGUAGGAAGAUAGUUGCAAAGCCGGUUCUAGAAACCGCAAAUGAAAGCUACCUGCUGGAAAUCUAUUCACGAAGUCCCAGCCAGCAUCUUAUGUGGGGAUAGUCCACAGCCCAUUCCUAUUCUUUCAAAGUCUGUAAUUUAAUUCCUUACUGUAAAAAUGUUUUCACGUUUCUAAGAAUUUCUCGACAUUUUGAACAUACCAUUUAAAUUCACGUUUUAAAAAACACUAAACCCUUUUCCAUCCAUGGACUAAAUUUUUAAAAGAAUACGUGUUUUAAUCGUCUGCACAUUUAUCCGUCAAUUGCUUACUAACUUAUUUACAAGCAUAACUCUAAAAUUAAUCUGACGUUAACAAGUAACGACACAUGUGUUUGUUUUUAGCUCGUCGGAUACAAUAUUUAUAUAAUUUAUUUUUUCGUUACAAAAAUAUGUCAAAAUAUUUACCUAUCGUAGGUAGGUAUACCAAUUAUGUAAAAAAAUUGCCUGGAAAAGAUUGUAUCAUUUUUUUUUUUAAAGAUGCAUCAAUUAUAGUUUAGGUAAUUUUUGAUUUUAUAUUUAGCUCUGAUGCACGAAUUCGGGUCAUAGCCUAUGUACAAAAAAACACACGAAUUCUCUUAGGUGCAUGCUAAACGUUAAAACAAUUGUUUGUUCCUAUCCAACUUUUAAAAAAAAAAGUAGAAUUGCGGAAAUGCAAUAUUGAGAAAUAUUAAAAAAAAAAAAAAAACACCGAGAUAAUGAAACAGGCCUUUAUCCCGUCUCGCAUGGUUUAGGUCUACUGUUUCGUGCAAGUAAUGACGUUUCAGUAUCAUCGUUCUAUUGUUUAGUUCAAAAUUGAAGCUUCUGUCGUGAGCGCAUUAAUAGAUGCUACUCGGUGAAAAUAAUGUGUUUAGCUACGUAAAAUCAAUACCCCCAUUUCUAUAAUAUUUGUUUUUUGAUAUGACUUGUAUUUGCAAAUUAACUAAAACAUAACUCUGUUAAUAAUUGAGCAUCUUUGCAAAUUAUGAUGUAAAAAGCAGAUAAUAUGUUUAUUACUUUUCCUAAUGAAUAUAAUUAUGUGUGUAUGUAGGCCUAAUAUAUUUCCUAGCACCGCUACGGUUGUAAAUUUAAACUGAGUUAGAAAUAGAGAAACAUCUAAAUUCAGGUUUUGAUAUUGCUGUUGCCAUUAAGGCGUAAUAAGACAAAUUAUUAUUAUUUUGAUUUUAUUUAAACAAUUUAAUCAAUGACAAUGUGGAACCACUGCUUGGAAUUUAAAAUGAUCUCGCAGCUGUUACAUAUCACAUCAUUGGUAUCCGUCUUAUCUGAAACAUAAAUUUUACAGACUUAUGUUUUAUAUUACUUUAGAACUGACGGGGAACAGAAACGUGCAAUCAAAUAUUAAAAUUCAAUAGAUUUUUCAAACUUGUAAUGACAAAUAUUACGACUUUUUACAGAAUUACAGCUCUAAGUGCUGUUUUAAAGCGCGGCAGUAUUGAUUAUACACACACUCUCCAAAAGAGAUAUGUUUGAUUUAUGCGAGUAUAUUUUUCUGGAUUUCUGUGAAACGAAUUAACUUUGUUCAUGCGCAGAGAUGGUGACCGCGGAUAAAUGUAAUGAUUUUUUGGGGAUGGUUUAACUGGGGAGGCGGGGGUGGAGCACCUCAUUAGCGCAUGAAUAUACAAUAUUUCUGUUAUUGUAUUUAUUUUGUUUUUUAUCAUUUACAUUGUACUUAACAUGCUAUUAUAUGCAAAUAAUUCAAAAUAAAACUUAUUCAUAAUAAAUACAAUUACUUUUUGGUUAUGAACAGAUAUAAAACUCAAUGGUUUUAGUAAUAAUAUUGCAAAUGUUUAGUUUUUUUGUAUCCUUCCGCAUUUUCAUUAGACGUCAAGGGGUGCGCGCUAUUUUUAGUGUAGAGUUAUUACACCAGAUGUCUCACACGUAGAUAAAGAAUACAGUACCGUAUUGUAGUUAUUAUGCCUUUUAACUUAUUUUUUCGUGAUUAUUUCUGGACUUAUAGUAAAAUAAAUACUUGUAAGUGUUAGUGGAUGUCAAGGAAGUAUAUGAAAUCUGGAAUGUACUGUUUUUUAAGAGAAAGCGCUAUGCCGGUCGUGAAAUCUUGUUUGUAUUUCCCGGCUGUUGGUCAGUAGUUCAUGAGCAAUUUUUGGUUCGUGGAGUAAGUGAUACACGCUGCGUUGAUAAGGCAAGGUUGAUAAAGAAUGUAGAUGCCUAUGUAUCUACCAGGCUGUAAUAACUCUCCGAAAAGGGUGUGUUUAUCCUAGCAGGUAAUUCCACUGUAUUUUUUUUGUACUGUAUUUUUUCUUGUUUUGCUUCUGGUGUAUUUUUUUGUCGUCCAUUGAGCUGUGUCAAUGUCAUUUACCUGGAAGUACUAUUAUGAACUUUAGAGCCGCAUGACAGUAGUAACAUUUUACGUGCAAAUGUGUUGUUGAUUUCGAUUUUUCAUGUUUCAUUGUGAAAUGCGAAACGUGUGUGCAAAACACCUGUUCUGAUUGUGCGACUGCGGAAUAAUUUAUAUCAAUGUUUAUUAGGACGCCAUCUUCAAUAUUUUAAUUUAUUCUUUUUUGAAAACGGAAAUGCAGUUUAUAGAUAGUGGGCGGAAUAAAUUAUAUUCCUUACAGAACAAAAUGCAUGUUAUGUAACAGUAACUAGCAAAUUGUGAUAAAAUUACUGCAGAGUGCCUGUUUUAAGAGUUUAUAACCAACAAAUUAACAAAAAAAUCAUCUGACAUAAUUUGAAAAAUUUAUAAUUUGGACAUUGAACCUAAUUUUUUGAUUGUUAUACGAUUUCUGUUGCUAAGUGUUAUCUCAUGUACUUCAUAUGUGACAGAGUUGAGGUUACAUUCUCAAAAUGUCUAAAUUUACCCCAUUCGUUUCAGGAAGAAAUAAUCCAAUCACAAGAGCAUGGCAGAUACACAACACUUUUGUCUGCGUUGGAAUAACUACCAAAGUAGCAUUACUUCUGCAUUUGAGAAUUUGAGAGAUGAUGAAGAUUUUGUUGAUGUUACGCUUGCUUGUGAUGGAAGAAGUUUGAAGGCACACCGUGUCGUUCUCUCGGCAUGCAGUCCAUAUUUCAGAGAACUACUUAAGAGCACGCCUUGCAAACAUCCCGUAAUCGUGCUGCAAGAUGUGGCGUUUGCAGACCUGCAUGCCUUGGUGGAGUUCAUCUACCAUGGAGAAGUUAAUGUGCAUCAACGUAACCUCAGUUCGUUUCUGAAGACCGCAGAAGUUUUGAGAGUUAGUGGAUUGACCCAGAAAGCAGAAGAAAAAGAAGAGGAUCUGUCGCAGGCACAGAACUGCGGCCGCAGCAACCAGCACGGCUACGCGGACCGGCUCGUGGACGACGGCUUGUUCGCUUCCCCCCCGUCGCCCUCGCCGCAGGGUCCCGGGGCGGGCCAGGCGCUGCGCCGGGGCCCCCCGGCGGGCCACCGCGAGCGCCGCAACUCGGGAGACUUCCCCGACCCGGCGGACCAGCUCCCCCCCAGCAAGCGCGUGAGGCCCGGCGACGGCCCGGAGAACCACGCCUGCGGCCCGGCGUCGCCCUUCCCGCCCCGGCCGGACGACGGGGAGCGUGACUCGUCGCGGUCGCCCCCCGCGGCCGACGGGGUCAAGUCGGAGCCGAUGGACCUGCUCGGCGACGGGGAGGACAGCGCUGACUCGGUGCGCGACGACGCUGACGGAGUCCAGGCCCUGCAGGCUCCCUCGCCCUACCUCUCCGCCGCCUCCGAGAGCAAGCUGUUCGCCUCCGCCACGCCCUCCGGCUCGUUCAACUUCAGCAUGGCCGCGCUGGCUGCCGACGCGUCCAACAUGUCGAAUCUCAACACCCAACCUCUUCCUCCUAACCCAGACGGAACUCCUGGGACAUCUUCACAAGGGCUUCUGAAGAAAGUGUUCACUUGCCGGCUGUGCGGCAAAGUGCUGUGCUCGAAAGCCAGCCUCAAGCGACACAUAGCAGACAAGCACUCGGAACGGCAGGAGGAGUACCGCUGCGUGAUCUGCGAACGCGUGUAUUGCUCGCGCAACAGUCUCAUGACCCACAUCUACACCUACCACAAGACGCGGCCUGGGGAGGCAGCCCAAUGCGUUACCACAUUCCCCCACCCACUGUGGGUGGGAUUAAUGAACCACAGGAAUGCCCGUACUGUCGUCGCACCUUCUCAUGCUACUACUCACUGAAGAGGCACUUCCAGGACAAGCACGAGCGCUCGGACACAAUGUACGUGUGCGAGUUCUGCCAGCGUCGCUACCGCACCAAGAACAGCCUCACCACGCACAAGAGCCUGCAGCACCGAGGCUCCAGCGGCAUGCUGAAGCGCCUGUUGAAGAGCGCGGCGCUCGCUCACGCCAACCACUAGGAGCCUCUGCUGAGCCCGGCCUGGGCGUGCGAGCUCUGUCGGCGCCGCCCUUAGCGUACCAAGAACUGCCUCGGAGAUCCUCCGGCAUUGCUCUUGUUCGUGCCAGCCACGAGGAACCUCCGCCGAGUGCCCAGGCGCGUUGCUGCCCGCGCCGAGAACAGUAUCGCGGUGCGACUGCGUGCCCGAGGGCCUGGUGAAGACCGCCUCUUGCCCACACACCUCUCCACCGCGUAGGGACCUCGACUGAGAUCGCUCGCAAACCCCACCUCCACCCGCCCGAGUAUAUCAGAGCGCUUCAGGCGACUUGACUUUUGGACGCAACUACAGUAUUCAUCUUAGCAUGGAAUCCUCGUACCGAACUCCUCAAUUCGUUGGCGACUGUUCGCCGACGGUAUCGUUCCGAAAACUGUUUUCAUUACUAACUUCCAAGGUUUUGCCUUAAAACGUUUUUUAGGGUGUAGUUCAACAUGUGCAUUACCAUUUUUAGAGAUGAAAAAAUUGCAAAUUAAAGUAUGCCAUUUAGCUUGCUCCUAAUUUAAAAAAAAAAAACGUUCUUAGUGGUCAUAUUGGCCUAAAGGUAUGUUUUUAGUACAGCAAUGGGUAUUUGGAAAACUUCCUCACUAGUUAAUGUCCGCACACAACCAUACUUUUUAUAUUGAUGUCCAUGUCUCAUUUACAUUUUUUCUUUUGAACGAUGCAAUUGUUUGUGUAAAAAAUAUAGUUACUGUAUCAAUAUUGAAAAAUUGUUAAUAUUCAUUUUCAGUUUAGAUUAGAAAUAACUCGUAAUAAAUGUAAAUGAAAUUUAUGUUUCCUUGUUAAAUGAAUCUGGGUGUGACCCAUAAAAUAAUCAUUUAGUAUGUAUAAGAGUAUUGUAAUAUAGUGAAACGUCUUUAAUACAGCAUUCUUUGAUUCUGCACAUUUCGGCACCAAUGGAGUCACUUACUUUAAGAAUUUUAUUUUUUAGGUGGAUUCCUCCUGUUAACCUCUUGGCCACUAGGUUGCAUUACUACAUUGCUGGCUUUUUUUAGUUCGCUCAGAGUUUAUACCAUCAGUUUUUGUUUCAGUUUUUUCCUGUUUCCUAGCUGGUAAGAUAUCACUUUUCACGUUUUCAAACUUGUUAUUCCCAUUAAAACAAUGAGAUGUUCAAUAAUCCGGCAUGGCCCUGGUCCCGAACGUGUCGAAUUGAAGACAGUUCACUGUAGUUGGGAGUCAGUUUCAAGGGUUUUAUCAAAAAUACAUGUCAAAACUGUGCAGUGUAGAGGAGGCAUGGACAUCUGUCCAGUAAUGCUUCAGUUUCAGUUUAUCGCUUGAGUCUUUGCUGGACAAGGGGAUACACUGAAUCCCUGUUAUGUGGAAUGCCAUAUGGACAAAUACACAACUGACCAUAAGUAUGGUGUGUUUUGUGUUCUGUGCACACUUUUUUGCUCCAAACUGCAUUUUUGCAAAACUUUUGGGUGAAUGUAACAUGAUUUAGUCUACCGUAUGUUACUACAAGCCGAUGUACACUUAAUUCUACAUUAAUUAAUAUUAAUUUAUGUUGUGUUGGUUUUCAGCAUCAACAUUUUGGAUUCUUUUCACUAUUGAUUAGUGUUGUCUUGGACAAUGUAUGUCAAUGUGAACAAAUUUUGUUUUGCGUGUGAUUUUGAUUCUGUAAAUUCUGGUAUUAUAUAAAGUAUGGAUGUGUAUGAAGUUUAUAGUUUUUGUGCCUGUUAAAUUUUUCCUGAUUUCUUUAGUGCAUUUAAUUUUGUGAUUCAAAGUGUUUCAAUAGCUUCCAUUUAAAACAAAUAUCCUAGAAUUUGAAUGGUUGGUUGAUUAAAAAAACUUGUAAAGUAACAAAUAAAUAACCAAACAUAUGUUCCCUAAAAUUUAAACAAUGUGUUCAUGUUGUGUGUCUUAAAUAUACUGUCAGAAAAUCCACAGAUACAUUAUUUGUAUGUAAAUUGCUAGGAACUUUUAAGCUUUGAUGGUUUCUUGUUCUUGGCUUAAAUACUGUUAACUAGCAGUGUGCACUAUUAUAGUUAGGGCAUACUUUAAUUUGAAUACCAGUCCUAACCAGAGGUGUACAAGAUGGAGUUUGAAGUCUUGCAAUGUUGAAGCAAUGCUAGAUUAAACUGUAAUAAUGGCUUUUAAUAUUCCAUGUAUAAAGUGUUUUCAAAAAAUUUCCGUGAUUUUUUUUGUGCUAGUUGCCUUGAAAACAUAUGUUCAAGUUUAUUUUUAGAGAUAAGGCAUUUGUCCAUUUUGAUCUCAUAAUAUUUUACUGAAUACAGCUGAAAAUCAGAAAGCAUGUCAGAUGUAGUCACUUGUUCAUUUUACGUAUUUUGUUACAUAGUUCAUUACAAUAAAUUAAAAGAAUAUAAAAAUAUAAUUACUGGAUAUGGAUGGGGGAAAUAGUGGAAAGAGGAAAUUUCCAGUAGUUGAUGUCGGAUUACAUUGGCAAGGCUUUAAUUAGUUAAUAUGCUUUUCUCAACUACCUUUAUGGGCAGUUGUCAACAAAUCUGUUUAAAGUCUUCCUAAGGGCUGAGCAAGAAGUUCUUAGUAAAUGGUCUUAGGUGGACCUUAUAAGUCAUGAAAUGAAAUAUUGAUAAUAUCCUAGUAAUGAAUGGAAUCAAAUUCUCUUCCUUGUUGCCUUUUUUUUUUUUGUAGGUCUGCUUAACAGUAUGAGAUGCCCCUUUAUUAAAACUUUUUCAGGAGAGGUUCUUGUGCUAGCAAGCAUGUGCUAUAAGGCUAAUGAUAGGGCAUAACUUUUUUUUAACUGGGUAGUUAACAUGGAAUGAAUGCAUCAGGGAUCUCCACUAGCAUUCUUGUGGAUUAGGGAUGGAAAAUCAUUUAAUUAAAACCUCUUAUAGCACAGUCAGCCAGGGUUGAAAUCCAACCUCCAGAAUAAUUCAGUGAAGUGUUCUACCCACAACACUGAUAAAGCUAAACAUCCGAUUGAAAAUGUACACUCUGAUAAACUUUUUUACCUGACCACGUAACCAACCAUUGAAAUAAUUAAAUGUUUUCAUGCUUUUUUAUACACUCGGGUUGGCAGUGUAUCUUGAAAAUUUGUUCCUCUUCUGAAUGCUCAGUAAAAAGUAAAAUAUUUAAAAUUUAUGCUUGCUAAAAUUAUUUAAUUUUUUUUUUGGUUUACGUAAAUUAGUAUGAGAUUGAACGAGAUCCCAAAAUAGUUUUUAUUUCAAAAAAUGCAACAAUUUUGCCUUGCUUGUGGCGGACCUUCAAGCCACGAGGCUUAGGUUUUUUUUCCCCAGGGAUACUAAAAAAGUAGUUCUUAAGCUAGGUUCUCAGAAAUAUUUGUUUGAGCAUCAAGCAGCUACAUGUGACUGCCAGUGUUUUCUAAGCAUGACUAUCAAAAGAAUCACCAUUGACAGUGGUGGAAUGGAUCUAAUAUUUCAUAAUAUAACCAUAUUUAAUUGCUCAUAAAAGGUUUUUUUUUCUUCUACUAAACAAGUCCUUAUUGAAUGGUUGUUAUGUACUUAGCGGCAAAUAUUUAUGUCAGUCCUAGCAAGUACUGAAAUCAUGAAAGCACAUAGGAUACCGUUUUGGAUUAAUCAUUCAUAUGUAACCUUCAACUUAAAGUUCUUUAUUUUUAGAAUAUCUUUCAAUAAAUGAGUAAAAAUUAGGUUUCCCUCGAAGCCUAAAAAAUUAAGAUUUCUGUGGUUUUGAGAAAACCAAAUUCUUAUUGAUUUAUGUAUGAUAUACUUAAGAUAAAGUGUUUGAAGAUGUGGUCUACUUACAAGCAGUUAAUCCCAUACUGUAUACCACUCGAUUACAUGCUUUCAGAAAACAAACAUGCUAGGACUUGCAUAAAAAUUUGCCAUUAAGUUCACUAAAAUAAAACUUUAAAUAAGGGUUGGUUAGCCUUUUAUCAAAAAUUUAAUGUUGGUUAUAUUACAAAUUCAUUUAAAAUCAUGAGCAAAAAAAAAUAUUAGAAGCAAAAUCAUUUAGGAUGAUAGCUAAAUUAUGCUAGGCCCUUUAAUUACCCCCCUCCCCCCUCCCUCUACCUCGUGGAUUUACAUUGACUACCACUCUGCGACACAUCAGCAGCAUUUUGCCCACUCUUUCUCGAUCCUUGCUGUUGGCAGGCUUGGCCGUAAUUGCACAGUCUUCAUAAAACUGUAUGUGAACAUUUUUUACGGCAAAUCAUCAAAAACACUGUACUGUGGGGCACAAUUGUAUAUAAAAACUUACCUUUAUGAAUAUUGUGAAGGGAGAAAUUUAUUGGGUUAGAUCCACAAUUUAAAUGAGGUUAAUUUUUACAUUUAAGAUCAAAAAUCACAGUCUUACGUACUUUGAGUUUUAGUUUACUUUAAAUGAAUGUUUUUCUUACUUAAAAAUAAAGUAAAAUUUUCAAAAUUGUUAAUAUAAGAUAUGAAGAAUAAUAAUUCUGUGGGGUAUCAUAAUUUUUUAAACUUUGCCACAAGUGGAAUAAAAUAACUUAUUAAAUGAUAUUCUAAACCGUCAUUAAAAAUCUACUUUCAUUGUAAUUUUUGUGUGUUUUAAUGCAAUGGCAUUGAUAUUAUUACAAUUUUUAAAAAAGUUUAAAACAUCUCUGUUGAUGGUUUGUUGGGUGAUUUAACACCAUAGAAACAUAGCAUUGAAUUACUAGGUAAAGCACAAUGUUUGCUUCAAUCAAGACUUCAUUAGUUUUUAUUCAACUGUCUUGCACACCUUUGGAUUUACAGAUGUCGCAGAUGUCAGAUGCUCUUCUUUAAAGAUUUUUAAUUAAUGAAAUGUUUGUGCUCUUUUAAAUGAAAUAUAUGUCAAUUGAAAGUAACUUAUUCGAGAAAUUUGUUUGGGUUUGCUGUAAUGCUAUAUGUUGAAUUGAAGCCAGGGUGUCUGCUAGCAGGAAAAAGUCAACGUGAAAGUAAUUGUUGUUAAUGUUUUUGUGACCAUCAAUUUCUAACUAAUACAGUUGCAUAUUUCUGACAACCAUUCUCUUAACUCCAGUUACUUAUGAACACUGCAAACAUGAAUUUUAUUUUACUAACAGUUUUUAAUGGUUGUCAGAAUGAGGAAAUAAUAUUUUCUAUCUAAAAUAGUAUACUCUUGCUUAGCAACAAUAUGUUGUUCACAGUACAUCUGUUCAGAAUGGAUUUUUUGUUCCUAGAUUCGACAAAACUUCUUCAUUUAUGUUUUCACUAAUGAUAUUUCAUUGUACAUAUCUGCAAAGGGAUUGGGCAUAUAUUUCUUCAGUUGGGAUGGUGUUUACCUCUUGCAGUUCUCUCCCUUUACUAAUUUCCGAAAGGGGUGGAAGGAAACCUGAUUAAUCACAUUAAUCCUUGAUAGUUGGAGUUGAGCUAUGCCGAAAGAGACCCAACCCUCUGAAAUAAGAGGAUUGUGACCAUAUCAUGGGAACUGAACAAAGUCUAUGGAUGAAAAUGAAAAUCUCACUUUUAUAAUACUUAAAGCUACCAUAGUGACCAACUAUUGUUCAUUGGUUAGCUUGUAGAUAUGUUCUUAAUACAUCCUUGAGGUGAGAUAGCACAGGUUUGAACUGUCAUGGCUUGCAGGGUUUGUAAUAUAACAUUUCUAUUGGAUUUGCAUUCUCUCCCCUUUCAAUCCUUUCCCCUCAUUUUCUAACCCUCUCUUCCCCCUCCAGUCCUACCUUCCCCCUCCAGUCCUCCUUCCUCCCUCCAGUCCUGCCUUCCUCCCUCCAGUCUUGCCUUCCCCCCUCCAAUCCUUUCUCCUCCCCCCUGUCUAGACCUCUCUCUGUCCAACCUUCUUACAUGUGUUCCUGACCUACAGUUACACAAGGGACACCCUUGUUUGUUUCCGAGGCAAAGAGUGCUGCGUGUGGACAGCAGACAUUGACUGGCCUAGCAGACUCCCUGUGCGUGUUUGUGAAGAAUAGUUCAGAUGCACGACAUAGCUAUCAACAGUUUCUUUUGUAAUCGGAGUACAAUACUUAAAUAUGAUCUGUCCAAGCAGUCUUCAUGAACCACGGACUUUCGUAGUAAUAGAGCCAGUGCUUUACUAAGACCAAGUUUCAGGUUUACUUGUAGCACCAAGUACAAAAUAACUUGUGUUCCAGCAAAACGCUUGGUUUUGCCUCCAACGUUCAUCGUCAGGGAUUUCAAUACAGUAAAACCUUUUUGUUGCGACCCCAUUUAUUGCGACCACCUCUCUAUUACAACCCGAUUUCGAGGAACCGUGAAAAAAUUGCCGAAAAUCCGAAGAUAAACAGACAGAAAAUAAGUUUCUUGUGGUGAGUAACGUGUUGCUGCGUUUCUCUUGCCGAGUGCUUCCUGUCGACCGCUGUCAGCGCUUAACAACCCCCAUUCCACGUCCCUUUGUCGGCAGGGUGCAGAUAAAGGUUUUUGUGGCAACGUGUUUACGUUUAGCUUAUUGCGAGUGUCUAGUGUGGUACGCAGUUAAGGCAAAGCUACCUGCUGGAUUUCUCUUGAUUUUGAUUACUAUCGGUUGACAAUACACAGCGACCGACUGGAUGCACGCCCGCCUCGACUUGUUUUAACUGCCGCAGCGAUGUUUAUUUUGACAGCUCAAGCAAUUAAUUUUUCCCGUGGGUUGAUAGAAAAAGGUCGCUUCACCCAGCAUAAAAAAAAAGGCUACGCCACUUAUUCCCCGCGCAGGAAACACACUGGCUGCCGUCUGUCUACCCCGCAUUUAUCUUUCUUCUAACAUUCCACGUUCUCCUCUCGCGCGAGCAAUAACUAGGGCCACGAUUAUAUGGUGAAUCGCGAAAUCGCGAAAUUUUCCGCGAAUUUAUAUGGAAAAUGCGAAAAAAGCGAUUUUUAAGAAAAACCGCUAAAUAACACCGAAAUUACACAAUACAAGUCUCUUAUAUUUUAAUGUGAAAAGCUUAAUAGUCAAGACUUGCCCGGGUCCUGGUUGAUAAGCUGGAAAAAUUUCCUGCCUUGCAUUUCUACAUGCUUCCUCUAAUCAGCUUUAGGGCGCCGUCUGGUCAGUGUGUGUGUUAGUGAAGCGGGAUGAUAAGAGCGACGCUCAAUGGUAGUUCUAGCGCGGUAAAACCUCUAAGUGCAAGGCUUCUGAACUGGCGCGCAGUCAUCUCGUUCCCGUCAGAUAACAGUGAAAUUUGAGCGGUGACCAUAACAUUAUAUGGCGGAAAAAUAAAGAUAAAGGUGUAAUGCAUUUCCCUAUGAUACUUUCAAGAAAUUUGUAACGGGUUUUUUACACCUAAAACUUCGAAAACAUGUCUUUUAGCCAUUUUAUCUCAAAAGAACCAUUAACAAAUUCUUAAAUGCUUUUCGUAAACAGACUCCAGUCGGAUAUAUAGUAUAGUUUGGAAAUUGCGUAGGUUUUUCGUGGCUGUGCGCGGCACACGACUGUAGUUGCCAUGCGUCACGCGCCGAGAAUGUUGUCCGGCAGGAAGGGCGAGUAUAGUUCAUUUGCGGCAAAAAUGAAUACUUUUACGGCCCUGCUAAAUUUUUCCAUUAAAUAAAUUUUGAAGUUUCAGUGAUUUUCCUUCAGAAAUAAUGUUGUGUAACUAACAAACAAUUUGUAUCAAAACAAUUAACGGUAAAUGGCUGUCGCGGGGGCCCUUAAAAAUUUUUCAUUUUACCAGAACUGGACUAUACAAACCUGGCUUUAGUCGCACACAGUUUGGUGAAGGUGAGGAAGGAUGUUGACAGUUUCACAUGCCAAAGGACGUUGAAGUAGGAGGGGGAGAGAGACACGAUGGUUUGUAUGCCUGGGAGGGAUGAACCUUGAAGUCUAGACAAGGGAAGGAGAGGUAAGCCGUAUGACGUCAUGCAUCCGCCGCCUGUGCUGCCGCCAGCCUGUCUAGACGAUAUUCCCGCGCUCCCACUUACGUUGCACAAGCUACUGCUGCCGUAUUUUUAAAGGAAAUGUCCCAUUAUUUUUUUGUUAUUCUCACAUGAACAUUAUUGGAAAUAUUAAAGCCGACACAAAAAAUACGCUGUGUGUUAAAGUUAACAGAUUUUAAUAAUCUUUCAUUUUGUUUUGUUUUAAAUUUUUUUUCUUCUGAUUUUCACAUUUUGGUCAAAAUGUCCAAUUUUUUGACGGUUCUCGAGAAUGUAUUCGUAAAAUCACUGCUUCGUUAAAUCCGGGGUUCGUGACAUCGGGGUUCUAGUGUAUUUAACUACGGCAAGCAAGAAAUCGUACAUGUAAUCUAACCAGUAAAAAUAAACUGUCUAUUGACAUAUUUUCUUUAGAGGUGGCCUGUAGGGCGACGGACUUGUCAUGAAGGUUUAAAGCACAGCCGUCUAGCAUUGUGAGUGACAGCAUCCUGCCAUUGUAUGGCUGGUUUCUUAGCGAGUAGCGGUUUGGGAAAAGGGGUUGGGGGGGGGGGGGGUUGAAAUCAACUGAAAAUUUCGGAAAACAUCUAUUACGACCCCCCCUCUAUUCCGACCCUAUUCCUGGGAACCGUGAGGGGUCGUUUCAGAGAGGUUUGACUGUAGUUCAAAAAAAGCAGAUUUUUUGGCACUUAAGAUCAUGGUACAAAGAAAUAUACUACUUGUAGAAAUGUGUUAUGUAUUUAAAUGUGAAUCAGUUAUACCUUCUCGAGUACUCUCAACUUGCCUAAUAGAGUACCGUUAGGUUAAUAACAAUUGAACAUCCAGAGAAAUCAAACUGUAUAUAUUGUACAUCUCGUUUGCAACUACAAAAGACAGAAAUGUUUCAGAUGGUUGUGCAUAUUUUAUGCAAAAGAAAAGCCAUCUGCAUUACUACAAUUUGUGUAUAUGAUUGUAAAUAUAUUGCACAAGAGAUUUUAAAAUAUUUUGUAUGUAUUCUUGUAUGUCAGUUUAACAUAGCUUUUAAGACUGGCGAGCAAAAGGUGUCGGAAAUAAAAGGUGGUUUGCGGUGAUACGUGCUGAUAGCUAACAUUCUCCCCUGUUCUUAGCUUUACAGGUUUAGGUUCAUUGCUUUUGUAAUAGAUUUCAGAUACUUCAAUAUUAAGGAAUAGUCACAAUUGCAUGGCAUACCUGUGGUUAAUUUGGUACCGUCUUUUUUCUGCCGAUGCCAAUAUGCAUUUUGUUUUAUUACUGAUUUUUGGAUCAUUUAAAUGCAUAUAUAAUAUUUUGUGUGGAAGUAUGUUUGCUAGAUGCACGUGACUGAGAGUCCAAGUUUGAUAUUAUGGUUUUACGUAGUGACAUAUGUGUGAGGCAAUGUGGAAUGCCACAUGUUAAAUAUGAUGUCUACAAGUUAAAUGUGUGCAGUGUUGGUAAAAUUGUGUCUGGCGUAAGGAGUAUUAUUAAAAUUGAAACAGAAGAUGCCUGGAAAAGUUUGUUGUAGAUGUGUGUUCAAACUUCUGUUGAUAAAGAUGUUUAAAUUCUGAACCUAUAAGAUAUCAUAGGGAUUCAUUGACUGUAUUGUAGUUGACCAGGUGUGUAUUACUGUGCAUACAUAUAAGUACCUAUAUCUUUUAUUUACAAGAAUUUUAUUUUAGACCAUAUCUCAUAGUUUCUCUAUAGUUUGUAAGAUACUAGUAUUCUAACAUUUUAAAGAAUGACUGUUUUUGAAUGUAGCAUUCUUUGAAAAUGACAUAUUUAAGCCUUAUUUGGUUUUUUCAAAAAAUAAUUUUUCUUGCCUGUUUUGAACAUACCAUUUUUAUACUUACCCAGUUAAAUGAAAUAAAAUUCAUAAAAAAAAUACAAUAAUUUAACAAAUUUUACAUUGUUUUAAAUUUUAAAUUUUUUGAACAUGUGAAUUUUAAUGUUAUGUUUCAGGGGUUAACCAGAUUCCUCCUACCCAAAUUAUUGUAUUUAUGUAAUAACAAGUAAUAUUUAAGCAUUGAAGUACAAAUAUACCAUCUGUUGAAAUCACUAUUAUAUUUAUUGGAAAAAAUUGUCUCUUUUGAUGGGCAUGUAAUGUACUGUGUAAAUGUUAACAUUUGACCUUUUUAAAUUGCUUAUUAUAGAACAUUCCGUAGAAAUCUUACAAUGUAAUUUUGAGAUCUGUAUUCUGUAGAAACGUGCAAAACUUGGGAUCAAUUCCAUUUCUGAAUCUUCAAGUUGCAUUACCUACAUGCGUAAGUGUAAUGAAGUGUAAAAAAAAAAUGUACUUUAGGAACAUAGAUAGCUAGCAAAGUUUACAACAAAGCGUUUCUCCGAAUGUUGUACUGUUCUCCUGUUUGGUUUGGCGAGUCAAAUAUAUUUAUGUAGGUGCUGCGAGUGGAGCUCGGUUGUUGUUGAAAGAGUUUUAGUGGCGUCCCAGCGAGGGAGUCGCUAGCAGCUGUAACUAUUGUACGUGUUCCAGAUUGAAUAAUUCCCGGCACGUUGCCUGAGUGACCAGAAUAGUUUAAACAGUUCCGUUUCCAGCCUUUCAUCAACCAAGAGUACAAAACAGAGCAGUUUUACGUUUUAACAGUAUCAUGCUGGCCUCUCUCUUGUAAAACUUUACUAAUCAGUGUUAUUGUCAAUGUGCCAACAAUUUAAAGAAAAAAAUAUUCUAUCCUACGUAAUGUCUACUAGUACGUAUUUGAAAUUUUAACACGUGUAUGUAUAAUUUGUGAUUAAAAAAUAAUAAUAUUGUUCUGAGUUGUGAAUGUGUGGAGUAGUUAGUAGGUGUAUGAUCAUUCUUUGUGAUUGGUAAUAUUUUGUCUCUAAAAUUGUGUGACCUGCAGCAUUUAAAUCUAUUCAGUGGUAAAACAUAUUUUUUGAAUCUGUAAUUUUCUUUUUGUGUUGACUAUAAUAUACAAGCCUCUUUGUCACUACUUAUUAAAAGUGAUAAAAUACACAUAAUUACAACAUGAUACAACUGUGGUUUUAAAUUAAAAUACUUUUAUUUAUUAACAUUUUAGACAUUUUUGUUGUGGUAAAUUCAGACCUAAGUGCAAAUUUCAUAAGCAUAAUGUGUUUUUGUCUGUGAUAGUGUAUUUUAUGCAAGAUCCUGUAACUGGGAUAUGUGCAACUCCAGGAUAGUGAGAAUAAUAGUAAAAUCAAAUUUGAGUUUCUUGUUAGUAACCAGCAUUGCGUAUGUUUAGUAUUAAAACAUCUGGUGGGAAAUAAGCUUGGGUGAAUUGUAUCCUAAUCAGUGCUACAUAUCUUCUGGUGUUUUCACAUUCACAAGGCUAUAUAUUUUUAUUUUUGUGAAAGAAAAAUUUAAAAAUUGUCUGUAGUGUAUAAGCUGUAAUUUUGAGUCUAGAUUGAAAUUGGUGAUAAAAUGUGCUGUGACAUUCUGCCAUGUGUGGAAACAUUGUAGGCAUAAUUUGUAAAUUUGUUAAAGAGUUAAAAGUUCGCAGCUAAAAGUUUGAACCCAUUGCUUUAGUAAAUGAUUUUAUCAUCAUUGAAAAUUCUCUACUAUUUUGUAUUCCUAGUUCAUAAAAAAAAAAGACUGAUUUGAAACUUAUGUUAUAGUUUCUUUCCUAGAUCCAUUAUUUACAUUAAGCUGAGUUUUACUACAUAGCUAUCAACUUUUUUUAUAUCUUUAGCUACUUAGUUUUUACUUUACUCAUUUUCGGCUUCGCUUUUUUCAGUUUAUAGAAAAAAGUCUGUUAUUAACAAUUAAAUUUGCUUAUGUUAUGAGUUUAUUUAAAAUCUUGUGCAAAAAAAACACAAUAUCUUAAAAGAAAAAUAAUUUGAUACCACCGAGUUAACAAAUGCAACAAUUUCUUCACCCAACCGCUCAUUGUUUAGUGUGAUCUUAACUCAGUAUUGGUUGAUAAACACUUUACUUUGUGGAUGGAGAGGUAAACGUGGUGUUUUACAUUGCACGCACAUGAUGGGACCCCAAGAUUGUUUUGGACUUGGCGAACUAGUUCACGGCUCAAAAAAUUAAUUUAUCUGAUGUUGGCCCUUGCCUCAUGGACUUAAAUAAUGUGUUAAAAUUAUAAAAGCACGUUUUUACAGAUAAAUAUUAUUGUUUAUUUAUUUUCAUUUCUGUUUUUAUGUUGUUAAGAUCUCAACCUUUAUCACUAAAAACAUUACAGGAUGCAUUUAGUAAGCACUAUGUUCAGGAAUUUUUUUUUUUUCAGUUUGCUGAAGCAUUGUGUUCAAACUUAAAGGGUGUUUUUUGUGUGUGUAAUAAAUAUUGUUUCUAAACAAAGUGAAAAAAAAUUUGUCUAGGAUAUUUUGCUUGUGAUACUUAAUGUACCAAAGAUAGUGCAUUUAUUAAUUUUUUUGAAAGAAAAAUAUUUUCUAUUUUUUUCGAACACAAAAUUUUUCCUCCCCCACCCCUGUGGUUUUUGUGUUUGGUUCUGGAAAUCUGCAAUGUUCUUCAUCUUGCAGUCAAUCAACAGAGUUGAAAAUUAAUUGCUUGUUGUCAGCUUUCAUGCCUAUAUCCAUCAGGAAAUGUAACCUCCGUCUCUUUCUAUUUUCAUUCACCUCUCGCUCCAGCCACUAUUUAACUCCUAAAUGUUCCCCUAGCUAUUCUCUCUGUUAUGGCCAUAAGCAUGUUUGAUUUAAAAAAGUUUUAUUUUCUACCAACAACUUCUUAGGCUUUAAUUAUGGAUGGAUUAUAACUAGAGACCUGAAAAAGUAUAUGUUAUUUUCCCUAUAAAAUAGGUGUUAUUUUUCUUUGAAAUACAGGUUAUUUUACCGUAAAAUAGAUGUUAUUAUUUUCCUUAAAAUACCACUAAUUUUUUGUUUGAAAAUGAUUUUCAAUAGAACUUAAUUUAUUUAGCUCGCCUAUUUACAAUUUAAACUGUAUGAUUUCUAAUUUCAUUAGGCCCAAAUUAAAAUGGUCAGCAAAAAUCAGUUCAGUUGUGUGACAUGUAGGCCUACUAAUGCCUAUAAAGUAGGAGUUGUAUAUGAUAUAAAAUAAUUAAUCUAUAACAUAAGUUUUUUUAUUUUUUAUUUAUACAUUUAUUGGUCUUCAGUCCUGCCAACAACUUUGCCAUAGAAAAAUAAUAUUUUGGCCCAGCACCUAAAAAUCCUAGGCCACACAGAAUAAAAUAAGUAUUGCCAAUUCUCAAAAUGUAAAAUUCUAGGUUUUUGAAAGUAGGUACUGCUGUGAGAGGGCCACAUUUACUAUUCUGAUGGACUUUAUGGUAUGUUAAGCUAAAAUUUUUGACACUAAUUGGUAUCAAAGUAAUUCUUAUAAAACUUACAAAUACUAACCACAGUAAAAAAAUUUUUGUGUGAAUGGUUAGUUUUGUAAAAGAAAAAUUCUUCAAAUUUUUUUUGUUUCACUAUCCCAAUAAAUUAGUUACCUACCUUAAAAAUUUUUUAAAAUAUGUUUAUACACAUUGCAUAAUAAGUGCUUGUACUGUCGAGUAGCAUUUCUGGUUUGCAGGACUAGCUUUUGUAAAACUGUCCUAUUUUGUAUGUUAUUGAGAACUAAUUUUUUUUUACUUUUAGUAAUUAAUUUUAAAUACAUGCUUUUGAGUAUAUUGUGCUUGUUAGUCUAGCAUGUUUUGUUGUCACUCUAAUGUAAGAUUUUUUUGUAGUGUAUAUGUAAUAAUUUCCUGAACCUUGGAAUUGACUGCUGUUAAAUGGUGCUUGUAAAUUUAUUUAAUUACGUAUCUUUUAGGAUCAUUAGCUUCCAAGAUUAUGUCCAAGCAAACGGCUAAAAAAAAAAUUCUUGUUGUAUUUACAUGUGGCAGGUAGUGUGGAACAUUUAACUUUCUGUCCAAUAAUGUAUUGUCAAUGCAUCUACCAUGAUUCACUGUGUAACUUUGAACACUAUAACAUGCAUGUAUUUAUGGUUAAACUUCUUAUUUUUUUUUUUCCGAAAACAUAGGGGAGCUUACUUUUUCUAAAAUGCAAAGUUUUAGCUUAAAGUGAAGUAUGGUUGCUUACAUGCAUCAAGUGCCUGUUUUAACACUUCUUUUUAAUAUAUAUUUUAAUGUGUUGCCAUUAAUUAUUAAUUUUAAAAUAUAAUGAAUGACGCAUGUUAACUAGAUGAUGACUUAACCUUAUCAUCCUUAAUUACGUGGCUGCAUUAGGUCACUGUCAAACAGAUUUCGGUACUCGAGAGAAAACCGCUGAAACUUACAGUGGAGUUCACAUUUUAUAAUCGCAAACUUGUAUCUUGCCAAUGGGAACUGCAUCACUUAAUGCCACUUUAGACAGCUGUUAAUUACUGCCUCCUGAACCUCGCCCUUAGUUGAAAGCUGAUGCACACUGCGUGUAAAGUUGUGAAACCACAUGCUCUACCUGUAACUGUGCACUUACGCCACUCUGCUCCGGGGCUCCAUGAACCUUUUGCACAGGCUUUACAGAUGAGAGAGGAUAGACUGGAAAUGUGAGAUGAAGGAGAGGGUUACUUCUACUCCCUUCUGCUUCUCUUCAGUGUGGCCGCUGACGAAGGCACACCCUCCCCCUCUUAACCCUCCCAGCGACCAACAUAUAUCGCAGCAUUCUUUGCUUUCUGACUGAUGGAUUUUCAACUACAGCCAUGAAACUCUCUUCUUUUAUUUUCUUCCCAACUGUCUAAAGGCUACAUUAAUCACUCUACUGACGAAAGUGGCACUGAAAAAAAUAUCUUUUAUGUAUAGUAUAAAUUUACUAAUAUAAAUAAUUCUUAUUAUCCAUAUUUUUUAGUUAUAGUUACCACUCCCUAAAGUAUUCAUUAUAAACUCUUAAAGUUUGAGGUCACAUUAUAUUAAAUUGUAUUAUUUUUCAGUCAAAUAUGGUAUAGUGAUGUUUUGUCUAGAGGGAGUCCAUUAAAGACACAACGAUACUGAACAGGAGUAUGAGGGGAAGGAAUUGGCCUUGGUGUAUUGUAAGGUAUGUGCACCUGCGUGAUAUUGGGAAGACCACGUAAAGCAUGAUCAGGAUGGCCUGAAUGAAGUUUUAACAUCGGUCACCUUGCUCCAUUGCAGACUUGCUGAUUGGCCACUAUAAAUUGCCUGGCCAAAGUUCUCAACGUUAGUUGUUGUGGCAGUUACAGAUUCAGUAACUUGCAUUUAGGUUUGCAGAAGAUGAGACCUUGGGAAGCAAGGUGCAUGUGGAGGGUGGGGGAGAUAAUUAUGAAGGUGCCGCGGAAGCAGAGGGGAUUGGCGAGAAGUUGCGCUUCUUUUAGCGAGUAAUAAACAAAUAACUUGAAUGGAGGCCAACACGGUCAGAGCACAACAUCCACUAAAAUUAUGGCACCCUUUUAGUUAGGAUCCAAUAGGCGUUUUUUGAUUACGUUCGUAGAUAAUUCAGUUGAAGACAUAUAAGUCCAACUGGAAAUUAGCAGCAAAAAUCUCUGCUGCCAGAGGUAGUGCAUAGCUCCGGGUGUCAAUACGCCAUUUACGAAUUGCUAAAGAUGUCGUAAAAGUGUGUGACUACGAAUAGCACUGAAGUCAUGGCAUAUGCUCGUAUAAGUUUCAUGUUACGUUUUGUUUUUAACGUGUAAUUUUCUGGACAGCGAUAAAAGUUAAAAUGGUUGUUUUCACAAACUCUGUAUUUAUGAGAAAUUCGGUGCACUGUGUUGUUGGUUAUAGUUUCACCAAAGGAUUGUAAGUUUUCUCAUUGGAAGCCCCAUGGUACGCGAAGACUGCAUGCCAUUUGGGUGGCUGGCGUGAGGCGAAGAGACGAGUGACGCGCGGUUCAGUGUUCGUAGUGCCCUCAUGGUUCUGAGCUUGCGUGCCCGGACAGUUGAGAUUGUGCCAGUAUUUGCGUUUUGUGAAUCUGCGAAAGAAAGCUUUUAUACUUGGUAGAGUAAAGAAUGCUGGUCAAUAACAUUUUUUUUUUUUUUUUUUUUUUUUUUUUUUUUUUUUUUUUUAACUCUUUAUCACUAUACUUUGUUCCCAGAAGAUUGUGUUUUAUUAUAUUUUACAGCUUAAAUACAGAAAAUUGUUUCAUAGCUGGAAAAUAUAAAAUCUAGGAAUGUUUUUUCAUAGUAGUACAUGCACUUCUGUGAAGUAUUAUAUGAAGAAAUUUAUCAUGAUGCAUGAUGUUAGCACCACUACUUCAUUUUAUGGUUGACAUUGCGGCAAGAACAUAAAAAUGUGUGUUUGGUGGCUCAGAUUCAGCAUUGCUUCCUGUAUAUUCACUCUGUGCGAUCUCGUGCGAAGUCGGUAAUAUUGUCGGGCACAGUUACAUUUUCUUAAUUAAAUGAUAUUCACUGCAAAUGUGAUGUGGGCACAUCUGGCAUGACACACAGGUGUGCAGUAACACACCACAUUAUCCUUACUCCUGCUGAUUAGUUUCCAAGUGUGUGUUAACUUUUUUUUUUUCAGUGAAAUAUUUGUCUGCGAAACACUACUUUGUUGUUUAGUCUAGGAAUUUUGUUGUGAUAAGUGCGAGUCACAUUUGGUUGUUUUCAUAUAUAUGUUAACUGUAUAUGAGUGUGAUAAUUGGGGGAAAAAAAUAUGAAUAAUGUAAUUAAUAUUUAUCUCAACAAUGGAGUACAUUUAAUUACUGAAUAUGUGAUCAAGUUUUGAUUUUAUCACCAUGUUCUUACCUAAUGUGUCUCACCAGUUUGAUGUCAAAGUACAUAUAUUGAAAUGCAGCUGUUACUAACUGGCACAGGUUUAAUAUGUAAAUGCAGCUGUAUUAAAAGCUUCUUUUCGUAUAAUUGUUUUGUGUGAGUGCAUGUGUGUUGAUAAUGAGAACAAUUUGUUUUAGGUCUGAUUUGUUUUUAUUCAUUGUGCUUUCAUUUGUUGUAGUUAUUAAUUUCCAAGCAAAGCUUAUUUUUUAGACUAGUUUUAUUUUCUAUAAAUACAUUGUUUUUAAAUAUAUAUAUUUUUGGGUUUACAAUUGUUGAACAAUGGGACUUUGUAUACCAUGCAUACAUAUUUUAUAGUUGAAUUUUGUAAGUUUUUGUGUACAAAAAAUAUUCUGUCGUUUUUUAGUGUUGAUUUUGGCCAAACAUUAGAUAGCCAUUAAUUUUGUUACUUUAUUUUUUGUAAAAAAAAUUUUAAAGACAAUAUUUUUGUCAUUAUGGUGUUGUAGGUAAUUUUAUUAAUAUACUUGUGCAUAUUCAAAAUUUGCUGUUCACUUGAAGUAUCAACUGAAUAUGCAGCCUUGGAUUCAGUACAACUUUUUCGCAAAUGACACCACACUCAAAGGUCGUUCACUUCAUUAACCGUUCCGUGAUGGUGUCGGUGCACCAUUGCACCUCGUAUACCUCAUACCAACCUCAGAUAAUCAACAGAACCAUAGGGAACCUCAUAGAUACCGGUACUUACAAUUUAUUUGUUUAUUCACAGAGCCAGUGUUCGUUGCUUGUAUUGUUUUUUGAAAUAAAGAAUUUUUAAGAUGAAAUCAUUAAAUAGGCAUAUCAAAAUAUUUGGUGCAAAGCACCAUACAAACAUGAAGAUAAUUUUAUUUAUCUUUGAAAUAGUUGGUGUAAUAUUAAAAGAGAAAACAUUUAAA